AUGCAUGCCCGCAACCAGGCAACCUUCUUCGCUCAGCUGCACAUUUCUCUCAUGUUCUCGUACAACCGGCAGCCAGGAUAUGGUCGAACUUGGAUGAAACACACGGUGCAUAAACCAUAGAAGCCGAGCAACCAUGAUACUAGUACAUUCUUCUCCUUCCUGGAAGGCCGUUGUGGCAGCGCUGCAGCUGCAAUGUUUGACGAUCCAAGCGUUUGCGCCUACGCCUCUUAGUCCGCUCCAGAGUGGUUACAGCACCACCACCAUUCAAAAGACAACAAUUCUCUUUUCAGACUGGAAUGACAGCUCUCAAGACUCCAACAACUGGAGCAGUAGCGAUGAUGCUGGCAAUGAUGCACAGGAAGAUUGGGAAGAUCUCCUCAACCGGAAAAACGAUGGAACCUUUUGGUCUGAAUUUGAAUCCAGUGACGACAGUGUUGUCGCUCAAGAUGUCAAUGUUGAUGAAGUCGAACAAGUUGAUGAAUCAGAGGCAUGGUUGGAGACUCUGGCAUCCCUCCAAGCAGAAGAGGUGGAGUUCAACAUGAAAGAAGCCGAUCGAGCUGAUAAGGUUAGGCAGAUGCAAGAAUGGGGGUUUGAUUCAUCCACCAUUGAAUCAACCUUGGACGUUUCCAUGGAUUCAGCUCUGGAAGAAACCGAUGAAGUUGAUGGGAUGAAGCUAUUUCGAGAAGAAUCCUACUGGGAAGAGGAAGAUCUGAGUUUAGUGGAAAGCCAUACUAAAGUGGCAACAGAUCCAGACACUGGGAGUGCUAUCCGGAGUCAAAUGGUCUAUGUCGAUGAACACACCUGCAUUGGUUGUACAAACUGUGCAAUGAUCGCACAAUCAACCUUUUUUAUGCAAGAAGACCACGGUAGAGCUCGAGUGUUUGAACAGUGGGGUGAUGAUGAUGAAACUAUCAAGAUUGCCAUUGAAACCUGUCCUGUGGAUUGCAUCCACUAUGUUCCUUAUGAUGAAUUAGUCAGACUUGAAGUUGAACGUAGAGACCAAAACAUCAACUCUAAGGCAAGGUUGGCUGGACAAUCUGAUUCAGACAGAGUGGGUGGUCCUGUGGCUUUUACAGCACCUCAAAAGAUCAGCGGGAACAUGGGGUCAAGAUGCAACAACUGCCCAUCACGUGGCUGCAAGACCUGUCCAAUGUAUGGCGUUGGUAUGAAUCCAGAGUUUCAACGAAAAGAGCAGGAGCGCAAAGCCCGUGCUGCCAAGCGACGCCUUGAACGUGAGCGAGACCGUGAUUUGAAGAGUGCUGAUUUAUGAACAAAUUUGUCUAUAAUGUUGAUAGAGAUAAUUAUAGCAGUUUGCCCGCCCCCGUCGCUACAGAUUGUU